CGAGCCGAGGCCGAGGCGGCAGCGGGAGGCAGCGGCGCGACGACGGCCCCCCAGCCCAGCCACCAUGAGCACCAAGCAGGUCACUUGCAGGUACUUUAUGCACGGUGUGUGUCGGGAAGGCAGCCAGUGCCUGUUCUCACAUGACUUGGCGAACAGCAAGCCAUCCACCAUCUGCAAGUACUACCAGAAGGGCUACUGCGCCUACGGACCGCGGUGCAGAUACGAUCACACGAGGCCCUCGGCUGUAGCUGCUGGGGCUGUGGGCCCCCUCCCCCAUGCUGGGCCCUCCCCAGGCUUCCACAGUCCUCGCCCUUCUGCCGACCUCACCACAUCUGUCGUGAAAACCCAGUCCCAGGAGCCUGGGAAGCGGGAGAAGAGAACGCUGGUGCUCAGAGACCGAAAUCUCUCUGGCCUGGCUGAAGAAAAGACUCGCCCAAGCAUGGUGAGUAAUCUAGGCAGCUGCAGUGACCCCCAGACGAGCCUGGAGGUGAAGCCCCAUUCCUACCUCGAUGCCAUCAGGAGCGGCCUGGAUGACUUGGAGGCCAGCAGCUCCUACAACAGCGAACCGCUGUGUCCCUACGCUGCUGCCGGGGAGUGCCGGUUUGGGGAUUCCUGUGUCUACCUGCACGGGGACGUGUGUGAGAUCUGCAGGCUGCGAGUCCUGCACCCCUUCGACCCUGAGCAAAGGAAAGCCCAUGAGAAGAUCUGCAUGUCGACAUUCGAACACGAGAUGGAGAAGGCCUUUGCCUUCCAGGCCAGUCAGGACAAGGUGUGCAGCAUCUGCAUGGAGGUGAUCCUGGAGAAGGCGUCGGCCUCGGAGAGGAGGUUUGGGAUUCUCUCCAACUGCAACCACACCUACUGCCUGUCCUGCAUCCGGCAGUGGAGGUGUGCCAAGCAGUUUGAAAACCCGAUCAUUAAGUCUUGUCCGGAGUGCCGUGUGAUAUCAGAGUUCGUGAUUCCAAGCGUGUAUUGGGUAGAAGAUCAGAAUAAAAAGAACGAGUUAAUUGAAGCUUUCAAACAGGGAAUGGGGAAAAAAGCUUGUAAAUACUUCGAGCAAGGCAAGGGGACCUGCCCGUUUGGAAGCAAAUGCCUUUACCGCCACGCGUAUCCAGACGGGCGGCUGGCAGAGCCAGAGAAACCCCGGAAACAGCUCAGCUCUGAAGGCACAGUGAGGUUCUUUAACUCGGUGCGACUGUGGGAUUUCAUCGAAAACCGAGAAACCCGGCAGGUCCCCAGCACUGAAGAUGUUGACAUGACAGAGCUUGGGGACCUCUUCAUGCACCUUUCUGGAGUGGAAUCCUCAGAACCCUAGGGUCAGUGGUUGUCCCUGCAUCUUGGGCGUUGCUGAGCCAGGGCGUGAGCCAGGCUGUGCUCACCCUUGGUCUCCUCCACUCUCCCUAUGACAGCCCUGGGACGAGUGAAGCAUAUAAAGUAACCUAAUAAGUACACGCCAUCACUAUUUUUAUAGUUGGUAUCUGAGCUGCACCUCCCGCCCCUCGGGACCAGCUGGCUGCUGGGCGGUUUGCUUUAGAGGAAACCUGGCUCCGCUCUCGAUUGUUCUCCUUAGAAACAGUAAACUCGCAGCUGGCCCCGGAGCACAUUGAAUUUUCUUACCAAAGGCUUCCUCCGCGGGGUCCCCAGUGUGUGUAAACAGCGAGCUGCUGUUGAGGGGCCAUCAGUCCUCGUGAGUCUCCUCAGUGUCCCACUCGUGCAGCUGACAGGUGAAGUGUUGGGCCGCCCUGUCCUACCUGGAAGGGCUGGCUUGUCCACACGGGAGCUAGUUUCUGGCCCAGUAGCGCUUUAGAGAAGGAGGCCAGAGUUCCUGCUCAGUUUCUUUUUAACUAAAGAAUGCGUGUGACCUCGCAAGUUAGAACAAGCUUGUUCUAAACCUGAAUUUUUUUUUAAUCUAUUUUUGUAAAAUGCUGUAGAGAGAUUUUAUAAAAUGUGUCCCUACAGUAUGGGUAGUUACCCGAGUUGAGAAUGCUUGAUUUUCAUAGUCAGCUCUCAGUCAAGGGCCUGAGGAGCAGAGUUCCAUUCCCAGCUUUAGAAGGAAAGGGUUAACAGCCAUUAAACCUAAAUUUAAUUUAUUUUAUUAAAAUAACAUAAUCGAGGAAUCAUCAUAACUGUAUCUUGUCAGGCGCAAUAAAAACAAAAUUAAAACCCAAA